GACCCAGGCCAGGAAUCGAACCUGGGUCGGCUGCAUGACAGACGAGUACCCCACCGGUUGGCCAGGGCAGGGCCACACAAGAGUCUUGAUGAGAUUUCCUGAUUGUUUCCUUUUUUCAUAAAGUUUUCUCUCAGAAACAUUUACUGCUAUUUUCUAUAUGUGAAAUGAUUUCUAAAACGUGCCCCAACAUUGCCUCCACUUAAACAUUUUACAUUUGGGCAAGAAUAUUUUUAAAGACAAGCGCAGGAAGGCGUUUUAUAACACAUAUGACAAGAAUUGGCAGUGUGUGGUGAGAAGAAGAACAAUACUGAUGAUGUAUGCACUUUGCUAUCCGUCAAAUACGAGAAGCUUAACAGAAACACACCCAUGUGCGCUCUCCUCUCUCCCUCCAGGGACCCAUAGUCAAAACACACGAAAUCCCCCAGAACUCUCAUCCACCAUUCGAACAUAUUAAGGCGAUGGCAGCAGCUCUGGUGACGGGCCUGAUCCCUCUCCUGCGUACGGCAGUGGACACCACCACCACCUACAAGGCCCGCACGCUCUGGUUUGGCUUCCUGGCCGUGCGGCUGGUGGUGCUCUUCGUCUCCGAGCUGCCCUGGUUCAAACUGGACAGCGAGUUCAGCUGCAAUGCGACAGCGCGUGACAGCCUGUGCACGCGCGCGUGCUACAACGAACACUUCGACCGGCCCACGGUCGUGGCUUGGAACUUCCUCUUCGUUCUCCUGGUGAUGUCUGUGCUGCUCAUGGAGCUGUUCUCAGGACACCUCCGCGCCGCCGCCCGCAAGCGAAGCAUGAAGCAGAAGACACACGCUAGCGAUGGAGGCUCGGAGGCAAAGGCUCAGGGGACUCAGGAGCUGAUGAUGUUGGACUUCCACGCUAGCAGGAGCGCUGUGCUCUUCUACCUUCUGAGCGUGGCUCUGCGCAUGGCCGUGGAGGGGGCGUUCAUCUACAUCCUGCUCUGGUGGAACCUGCCCAGGAUGCAGAACGGGCCCCACGAGUGCACAGGGCCGGGGAGGGACAUCUGCCCCGGCCCACAGCUGUGCCUGGUGAGGGCGGCGCCGGAGAAGCGCAUGUCCCUGUACGCCCUGGCAUCCAUCUCGUGCCUGGUGAUGGCGGCCAGCUUCCUCUUCUUUGUGUACUCUGUGCUGCACUACCUCUGCAACUGGGGAGCCCCUGGCUCACGCGACAAAGAUGUCAACAGUGUGCUGUAAAAUGGAAUGUGUAACACUUUUAGAGUUCACAUUCGCCACUAAUAGAUGCCUAAAUGCUGUCUGUAUAAGUUGCUUAUAAGACAUGUGUUAAGAGCCUAUUAGGUUCGUAUUAGGAUUGUGUUGUAAGUAAAAGCCUUUUUGGCAACAAACAAGAUAAAAAAGGAAAGAUUAAUUUUACUUAACGUUUGUCUUCUAUAACUUAGGCAUGUAUUAGCGGCUAACAUGUGAACCUUAAAAUGAAGUGUUUCUGUGGAAUGAGUAAGCACAGCAACCACCAUUUCUGCAGGGGCUUGUCCUCCAUUGUACCAGUGUUGACAAAACAUGAGGAGUCGUGUGUAUUGUUUGCUAUGCCAUGCUGUGAUUACUGUAUAUGUGAAGGUUGAUGCGGGAUGAGAGACAUUGUUUGCUUUACGGAUGGAAGAUCAUCUAUAGAAAGAGCUUUCAGUGAUACAGUCUAAGGUUUUUCUGCUUUAACGCCUGCCUUUAUUAUUUUUUACACUGUUGUAGGCUACAUGAUGCAUACUUGUGGUUCGCCUUCUUGUCUUGCCCGUUGAAAGAUUAAAUAUUAAAAUAUGAUUGUGUUUGUGAAGCAACGCAGUUGGCCACGUUUUAUUCCCUUGUGCUGAGUGAGUGAGUAUAGCUUAUAGUUAUAUAUCUGUGGUUCACUUGUCUUGCCUGUUAAGAGAUUGAAUAUAAAAAAUAUGAAUAUUUUGUGCAGCAAAGCAGUUGGCCACGUUUAAUUGUGUGAAAAAGCCGUUUCCUCCACCAGUUGUGCUGAGUGAGUGAGUUGGCCUAGAGUAGUGUUGUGGUGUUUUGACUAAGAAGAAUUGAUGCCCCCUGGUCAAGGUGUGUGAAGGAAUGUGAGAGACUAAAGCUCAAAACCAUUUUUAUGUUCAUGAAUGCAUUGAGGGCCCAGCACAUGCUACAAAGCAUUGCCAAAAAGAUAGGCCCUAUCUGUGCUUAAGAAAAUGGAGCAGAUAUACCACUCCUGCUCUGUGACUGUACACAGUAAUUGUAUUUCCACCAUUUCAUAUCUC